ACGGGUUGCAAUGCCUGCUGUCCAUCGUCCAACAAGGUACUUGGCAUGCAGACGAUAAAAUGCCCGACGUCAGAGCCGCAACCACACUGAGUCCUUGAGGGUACCAAUUGCAGUUCCGACACCCAGUAGCUAGAAACCACGUCGUUCGAGUCUCUGAAGUCCAUACUACCUCUCAUCACUUCCAAACAACCUCCUCUCUCUCUCCGCCCAUCAUGGCGACACGAGCGUUCGACCCCUCGAACGUCGACCUCACGACAGCGGACAAAACCCAAGUAAUCUGCUACUUCACCGUCAGCGAAAACGAAUACAACGGCAUGCUCGGCGCAAGGAUCUCCUCCAUCUUUGUCAUCGGCUUCGUCUCAACCCUCGUAACCUACUUUCCCGUUAUUGCUCGCAGGAAGCCGUCUUGGAAAAUUCCGCUCGGGCUCUACACCUUCGCGCGCUUCUUCGGGUCCGGAGUCAUUGUCGCCACGGCGUUUAUCCACUUGCUGGAUCCGGCGUAUGAAGCUAUUGGCCCUGGAAGUUGUGUGGGGGAGAGCGGAGCAUGGGCGGAGUAUCCGUGGUGUGCGGCGAUAGUGUUGACGUCAAUCAUGGCGGUGUUUUGUGUGGAUCUAGGUGCGGAGGUAUACGUAGAACGACAUUUUGGCAUGAAGAAAGAGGAGAGCGAGGUUUCCAACAACUCGUUUCUUCGAUCUGACAGCAAUAACGCCAUCGCAAUCGCCGCAGCCAUGGUGGACCCAGAAUCUCACAACCCAAGUCAACACCAAAACGGGGACCAAGACCACCGCAAACACACAGCAAGCCUUCGCAGCUACCCCUCUGAAACCUCGCUCUGCACCACCUCAACAACCGCAGCCCGUCUCUCCUUCGCCCAACAAAUCGGCGCCUUCCUCGUCCUCGAAUUCGGAAUUAUAUUCCACUCCGUCAUCAUUGGCUUGAACCUCGGCGUCGUCGGCGACGAGUUCAAAACGCUCUAUCCCGUUCUGGUUUUUCAUCAAUCCUUCGAAGGGUUGGGUAUCGGCGCCCGCUUGUCCAACAUCUCGUUCCCCCGCGACAAGGCCUGGAUGCCAUGGGCGCUUUGUGCGCUAUAUGGCCUUACGACGCCGCUGGCUAUCGCGGUGGGAUUGGGUGUUAGGACGACGUAUCUACCAGAGAGUAAAGCUAGUUUGGUGGUGCAGGGCGUAUUGAAUGCGGUGAGUGCGGGGUUUCUUAUAUACAGUGGAUUGGUGGAGUUAUUGGCCAAGGACUUUUUGUUUGAUAGGGAGAGGACGAAGGAUUUGGAGAGACUGGGGACGAUGGUCGGGUAUGUGUUUCUUGGGGCGGCGGUUAUGGCUUUGAUUGGGUGGUGGGCUUGACGGGGGCUGGAGGUGUGAGACUGUAGAUUCAUGUCACGGAUGCAUGAGUGAUGUAGUAGCUAGUCGGUAUUCGGAUCGUUUCCACAAUCCAAGCCUACCCUGACACCGCACCGAAGCAUUCCACACUCUCUCAUGCCUUCACACCAUACACUCUUUCAGUC